GACAAAACCCAAUACAACAUAUGUUUAAACUAGUACGUGCCCCUUCAUGUAAGUAUACUAAAGGAACUAAAAUGAUAACGUGACUUUCGAAGUCCUAAAACAAGCAUGUAAAAUUCUGUUGCUGUGGUAUUUGUUUGCAUAAUUUUAUUCUAGUUGGCGCUGCCGUUUCAGGUGGCGGUAUAUUCGUUGAACAUUGCCAUAAUGAGUUUUCUUAGGUCGUUAUGUAAUGUGUCAAAGUUUCUGAGGCCUGCUUCAAAUUUAUCACAGUUUUGUUCAUCUACACUUAUUAGCCAAAAGCGUGGAUAUGCCGUAGAGGCCAAACCAGCAGCAACCACUGCAGCGUCAACUGGACGUGUUGUUGCAGUUAUUGGGGCAGUUGUGGAUGUACAGUUCGAUGAAAAUCUGCCACCUAUUUUGAAUGCCUUGGAAGUCAAAGGCCGUACUCCUCGACUUAUACUUGAGAUCGCACAACAUCUUGGUGAGAACACUGUGCGCACAAUUGCUAUGGAUGGUACCGAAGGUCUAGUUCGCGGUCAGCAGUGUGUUGAUACUGGCGGUCCUAUUCGUAUUCCUGUUGGUCCUGAGACCCUUGGUCGUAUCAUGAACGUUAUUGGGGAACCAAUCGAUGAGAGAGGGCCCAUCAAAACAAAAAUGAUGUCGGGUAUUCAUCAGGAUGCUCCGGAUUUCAUUGAAAUGAGUACUGAGCAAGAAAUUCUGGAGACAGGCAUCAAAGUUGUAGACCUGUUAGCUCCUUAUGUGAAGGGAGGAAAAAUCGGUCUCUUCGGUGGUGCUGGGGUUGGUAAAACUGUACUAAUUAUGGAGCUUAUCAAUAAUAUUGCCAGAGCUCACGGAGGUUACUCUGUGUUUGCUGGUGUUGGUGAGCGUACUCGAGAAGGCAAUGAUUUGUAUCACGAAAUGAUAACAACUGGUGUGAUUGACCUUAAAGGAAACAAUUCUAAGGUGUCUCUGGUGUACGGGCAAAUGAAUGAACCACCAGGAGCGCGUGCUCGUGUCGCUUUAACGGGUCUAACAGUUGCAGAAUACUUCCGUGACCAAGAGGGACAAGAUGUGCUGCUUUUUGUCGAUAAUAUUUUCAGAUUUACUCAAGCAGGAUCUGAGGUGUCUGCGCUGUUAGGUCGUAUUCCUAGUGCUGUAGGUUAUCAGCCUACACUCGCCACUGACAUGGGUAGUAUGCAAGAACGUAUCACUUCAACGAGAAAAGGAUCUAUCACGUCUGUGCAGGCUAUCUAUGUCCCUGCCGAUGACCUGACUGAUCCUGCCCCUGCUACCACAUUCGCUCACUUAGAUGCUACCACUGUCCUAAGUCGUGCAAUUGCUGAAUUGGGUAUUUACCCUGCCGUCGAUCCUCUUGAUUCUAACAGCCGUAUUCUGGAUCCUAACAUUGUUGGUGAGGAACAUUACUCUGUUGCUCGUGGUGUACAAAAGAUCCUUCAGGUUUGUGUUAUGUGUCAUAUCUAUAUGUUGUUUAGGAAAAUCGCUCUCUGCAAGAUAUCAUCGCUAUUUUAGGUAUGGAUGAACUGUCAGAAGAAGAUAGGUUGACAGUUUCCCGUGCCAGAAAAAUUCAGAGGUUUUUGAGUCAACCCUUCCAAGUAGCAGAAGUGUUUAUCGGUCGCGAAGGCAAAUUAGUGUCUCUAAAAGAUUCUAUUAAAGGUUUCAAGAUGAUUAUCAACGGUGAAUUAGAUCAUAUACCUGAGGCUGCAUUUUUCAUGGUUGGAGGAAUUGAAGAUGUGUUGGAGAGAGCAGAACAAUUGGCAAAAGAAAGCGCAUAGAUGCCGUUUAUCAGACAAUAUACUGAGUAGUUAGCUGUAAAUCCAAUAAGCAAAUGUUCAUUUAAAAAAUGACUUGAACUUGAUAAUAGGAUUUUGUUACUUAUUUUCAAGACGUUUUUUAAUACCUUAGUCAGAAAUACAGGGUAGAUAUCAUAUGAUAUUAUCUUACCUGGCAGAGAUCAAAUUGUUGCAGCAAAAUAUCUACCAUUACUUGAGGGGAUUCCCAAGGUUUUGUCAAGUCUAGGUCUAAGCAGUUCACGGAUUCAAUUACUAAGAAUGGUCAGCGACAGUGAUUAGUUGUCAGAAAAGCAUCAAAUAAAGACAGCUAGAUAUGUUUAGCGUCAGUGUACUCUUUUAUAUGGCGUCUUCUAUUUUCUCGUUCGUCUUACAUUGUAUAUCCUGUUAGCGACUAAAGUUAAAGUUAAAAUGUGCUUUAGAGCGGAACGUUUGUGCUUUACUGACAAACUCGUGCUACGUAUCGUCAGAAAUUUUGACGCAAAGUCUGCCUGGUCGUUUGUUGCCUUUCUGUUGUG